ACUAACCCCUAACAUUCUUACCAUAAAUAUAUAUGUAUAUAUAUAUUCUCAAAUAAGAGGGAAGAGGCUCUAGCAAGGCUAUGAGUAGGAGAAAAAAAUAAUAAUAAAGGAAAAAAAAUGGCAUGAGGGAUUAUGAUGCUUAAUAUCCACGACGAAAAGAUUAAGAAAAAUGAAAAAUAAAAUUACAAAUUGCCAUCCAAAUGGUUAUAUAUACCCUGCCUAUCUUCCCCUUGGUUACAUACACAACUUUUCCUUCUUUUCUUGUUAAUGUUUACUUAAUUUGCUUCCCUCAUAUCCUUUCUUCCACUGCUACCAUAAACGACCCUCGUAACCUUCAUUGGACAUCUGCUUCAACCAAGGAUACCAUGGAGAAGAAGCAUGUUACUAUCGGUCCCUUUGGAGGCCAAGGAGGAAAGCCAUGGGAUGACGGAAUUUACACUGGCAUAAGGCAAUUAAUUAUACACUCCGAUGUAGUUAUCGACUCCAUCCAAAUUGAGUAUGAUCAGAAUGGACAGUCAAAAUUAUCUGAAAAGCAUGGUGGUGAAGGCGGAGGGGGGAAGACGGUCAAACUUGACUAUCCGUCCGAAUAUCUCCUUUCAAUCUGGGGCUAUUAUAGUUCUGAUUGUGCAUUGACAUGCGUUCAAUCUCUCACAAUUGAAAGUAAUAAGAGAAUAUAUGGACCAUUUGGUACAGAGAAGGGAAAAUAUUUCAAGUUUCCACUAACAAGAGGCAAGAUCAUAGGAUUUCAUGGGAGGUCUAGUAACUAUCUUGAUUGCUUUGGAGCAUAUUCGGAGCCCAUUUCGGAUCCAAUUCGAUCCAUAUCUGAUGGCCCAUUUGGUGGCCAGGGUGGAGAUCAAUGGGAUGAUGGGAAAUACAAUACAGUGAGGCAAUUCAAAAUAUCUCAUGGUUCAGUAAUUGAUUCCAUUCAAUUUGAAUAUGAUGACAACGGAAAAUCAAAAUGGUCUGUGAAGCACGGUAGAAGUGAUGGUGGUAACAAAAGAACGGUCCAACUUAACUACCCAGAUGAGUAUCUUAUCUCGAUCUCUGGAUACCUUACUAAGGAUUCUAAUAAGGCAGUUAUUCAGUCGCUCACAAUGCAAAGCAACAAAAACCAGUACGGACCAUAUGGUGCGGAAAAGGGAAAGCAUUUCUCAACAACACAAUCAGGCAAUGGAAGGAUAGUUGGAUUUCAUGGAAGGUCUGGUCUCUAUCUUGAUUCGAUCGGAGCAUACUUUGAGUCAUUCCCUGUACAUGUAGAUACACACCAACCCAUGAUUCUUGGACCUUUGGGAGGUUCCGGUGGAAAUCAGUGGGACGAUGGUGUUUACAAUACAGUGAGACAAUUUAUCAUAUGUGCUGGAGUAGUCGUUGAUUCGAUACAGAUCGAGUAUGAGAAGAAUGGACAGUCAGUAUGGUCUAUGAAGCACGGAGAAAGUACUGGUGGACAUCAGCACACAGUUAAAUUUGACUCUCCUGAUGAAAUUCUUGUUUCAAUCUCGGGCUACUAUAGUUUGGAAUCUGCAUUUUUUGGACUUCAUUCACUCACAAUUCACAGCAAUAAACGAACAUAUGGACCAUUUGGCACUGAAAUUGGGAACCAUUUCACAGUUCCGGCAACGCAUGCUGUCAAAGAAAUUAUUGGACUCCAUGGAAGAUCUAGUUCUCAUCUUGAUGCGAUCGGUGCAUAUUUCACGCCAAAGCCAAUUUUUACUGUUGAGCCAUUCGGUAGCCAAAGUGGAGAUGCAUGGGAUGAUGGCAAGUACAGUGGAGUGAAACAGUUAGUAAUAUGCUCUGGAAUAGUUAUCGACUCUAUCCAAAUUGAGUAUGAUCAGAAUAGACAGUCAAAAUGGUCGCAAAAACAUGGCGGUGGAGGUGGAGAUAAAAACACGGUCAAAUUUGACUAUCCGUCUGAGUAUCUGCUUUCAAUCUGGGGAUAUUAUAGUUCGGAUUGUGCAGUGACAUGUGUUCAAUCUCUCACAAUUGAAAGUAAUAAGAGAAUAUACGGACCAUUUGGUGCAGAGAAAGGAAAAUAUUUCAAGUUUCCAUUAACAAGUGGCAAGAUUGUAGGAUUUCAUGGUAGAUCUCAUCACUAUCUUGAUUGCUUUGGAGCAUAUUUGGAGCCAAUUUCAGAUCCCAAUCAAUCCAAAUCUGUUGAGUCAUUCCUAGAUAUACGCCAACCAACAAUUGUUGGACCUUUCGGAGGCUACGGUGGAAAUCAUUGGGACGAUGGUAUUUACGCUACAGUGAGACAGUUUAUCAUAUAUGCUGGAGUAAUGGUUGAUUCCAUACAGAUUGAGUAUGAUAAGAAUGGAGAGUCAGUAUGGUCUCAGAAGCAUGGAGAAAGUACUGGCGGGAGCAAACAAACGGUUAAAUUUGACUAUCCAGAUGAAUUUCUUCUUUCAAUCUCGGGCUACUUCAGUUUGGAAUCUGCAUUUGCUGCACUCCAGUCACUCACAAUUCACAGCAACAAAAGAACAUAUGGACCAUUUGGAAGUGAAAUCGGGAACCAUUUCACAUUCCCGACAUCAUAUAUUGGUAACAAAAUUAUUGGACUCCAUGGAAGGUCUGGUUCUCAUCUUGAUGCGAUUGGUGCAUAUUUAAUGUCCAAUCCGAUUUGAUUUCCAAGCUGAUUUGGUAAGAUUGUUGGGUUCUGUGGAGGGUCUGGACACUGUCUUGAUUCCAUCGGAGCACAUUUUCGGUUGUUCGAGCCACUUCGAUUAUAUAUACUAGUAUUUGGAUCAAUAAACCUGUGCUUGCAUUGGAUGUGAUCAGAAUAAUGGAUGCUCUAUGUUGUCCUUGCUAAUUAAAGCUAGCGAGGCGAAAAUAGUGAAGUUAACAAAGUAAUUUCCUAGUUCAUGAUGUUCAUGUUUUCAUAUGUGCUACAGAUAUAUGCUUGUAUGUUAGGUUUGGUAUUGUAUCUUGUGAAAAUAUUUCUACCUACCUUGUAAUAAGAUAUUAGAGGAACAACCAUGUGGUAUGUUGUCUCUGAUUUCUCUUAUAAUAAAGGUUGGUGUAUUUUAUAUAAUAGAACUUCUUGUUGUACAUGUCUAUCAGACGAAACUCAUUUUCAUGAA